AUGGUCGCGAGAGACGUGGCAGCAGUUGCUUUAUCUUUAAAAUACUACACGGCUAAAGUACCGACAAACCGUAGGUAACCGCAACGCAAUGGAUCAUCAAAUUUAGACAGGUUUAGAUAAGAUUAUUUUAAGUGUACUAAAGUCUUAUUAAUCUUUGACGGUGCAUUGGAGUGCGAUUCGGUGAGUGCUAAGAUGUCUGGCUUCGACGAAAAUCCUUUCGGAGCACCGAAUAUCAACGAUCCUUUUUCAGAUCCUUCAAUAAGAAGGGCUGUAUCUUCUACUCCAGCUAACAGAGGUUUAGAAGAUUAUAAUCCUUUCGCGGAACAAGGUUCACAAGGAACUGCACAAGUUAGAGGUGCUUCGAAUCCUCCCAUGUAUGGAGGUAUUGGAGCCACACAACAACCAGCUACACUUCAGCCUUCAAAUCAAGAACCUCCUGCAACCAACUAUGCCCGUACUCCACAGCAAACAGUGAAUGCAGCACUUGGAAGUACAACGUCUCCUACUUCAGAUCACAAAGGUAUAACUGGCCACCUCUGCCAGACAAAUGCUGUUUUCAACCUUGCUUCUACCAGGAUAUUGAUGUUGAAAUUCAUACAGACUUUCAGAAGACAGUCAGACAAUUGUAUCGCCUAUGGAUGUUUCACGGCUGUGUUUUAAUUCUCAACGUUAUCGGCGGAUUCAUACUGCUUUUGUGUAGCGAAGGAUUUUCCACAUUUGGUCUUGGGAUAUUAUAUUUAAUACUUUUUACUCCAUUCUCGUUUUUAUGCUGGUUUAGACCAGCAUACAAAGCUUUUAAUGGCAUUAUACUUGCUAUCACGAUGUUCGACAAAACAGCUAAAGGAAUAUUCGUUGGUUUUCUACUGCUCCUUAUUGCUCUCUGUUUCGUUCUGGCUGCAUGUGGAGAUCUGCUAUUAUUGACCAAGAUUCAUAAAAUAUAUCGCUCAUCGGAUGCGAGCGUUUCAAAAGCGCAACAAGAGUUCGCCACGACUUUUUUGCGAAAUGAACACGUGCAAAGUGCAGCAAGUAACGUCGCUGCAACUGCUGUCCGCGCCCAAAUGGCUAAUGCUGCUAAUCAACCACGCUAUUAAAGCGAUUUCUCAACACUCGAGGACUAAUUUUUCAGGUACUCUUGACAUUUUACCGUUCAGUAAAAUUGUCUCUAUAGAUCGUCUUAGUUUCGACGCAUCUAAUAUGCAUUACGCGAGAUUUGCAAUGUUCUACAGAAAAUUCUAUUCUUGCAUUGAAAAACAAAAAAUUAUACUAUUUGUGCGUAAAAUAAUCUUUUUUUCUUGAUGCGUUAAAAAUUUCAUUCGUAUAUAUUUAUGAGAAUAGGAUAAUUACGAACUUAUUUUUCACGUACUUCUUUCUCUCACGUAACAGUAUUUUAAAUCAGAUUAACACACAAACUAUCGUGUGUGUGGUUACGUCUGUGUAUUAUCUAACAUAUGACGUGUACAUCAUCUUUUUGUUCGUACAAGAUUAAAAAAUGAGUCAUAAAAUAAUUUAUCAUCUACUAGAGAAACGAGCUAAUAAUAAUCAUAUCACUAAUUCUUAUAUUAUUGCUUCUAUAUAUUAAAUCGAUAUAUUUGCUAGCUUUUGUAUUUUAGUGGCACCUUAAUCAUAAUGUCGUAAUCACACAUGGCUUCGUACAAAACGAAAAGCGCUCGGUUUUGUUAAAAAUCAAAAUAAUUUAAUUUAAACAGGAAAAUGCGUUGUGUAUCCACGAGUAUAGCAGUUAAUUUCUUAUUUGUUUUAUGAAACGUUAAUUUAAUCGUAUAAUGUUACGGAAUAAUUGAACAUCUUUUUGUCUGCCUUGAUAACAUCUUAUACAUUCCUUGAAAUGUGUAAUAUAUGGCCUUUCUCUUUAAUUAAGCACUUGUUAUUUAGAUCUUUAAAAUAUUCUAUCACUUUGUAAAGUUUAAACUAUAUACAUAUAAAUAUUAUAUAUAUAUAUGUGUGUAAGAGGUAUUUUGAAAAGAGAAAGCAAAGCAAAUUUACUUUUACAUAUGUUUAAUUAUUUAUUAAUUGUCGAUAAAUUAUUUAUAGAGUACGAAAAUUUGGUUAUAUCACUGUUAUUACUUUGUUGGAUUUAAUUUAAAUGUCUCAAUGGAUUUUACAUCAAGUAAAAAAGAAGAAAAAGAAAAUGUUUGGAAAUAUAGGAGAGUUGAUGGAUCUUUGUUAUUUAUUGAGAGCUUAAUCAAACAGAGAUAUCACGUCCCCUCCGAAUAUAUUUUUUACAUAUGUGACGACAUGAUUUAAAUUGAUUGCAAUGAUUAUCACACAUCUUUAUUGUAUAGCAAUCAGUAAUGGAAUAUUUUGUUUUGUAUGAUAAUAAAAGACGAAAAAUAAGAAGGAAAUGUUUAAAUUUUAUAAAUACGCGCUGAGACAUUUGUACUUAUGUAAGCAGCAAAGAGAGAGAGAGAGAGAGAGA